AAUAAAACAAAAAUAAAGAAAAAGAAAUGCAACAGCAACAACGUCAUCAACAGAAACAGCAACAACAACAACAACAGCUAGUGUAGUGUGUCGCCCAAGCGACCUGUGCGGGUGAAAUAAUGAAGAAGAAGCAGAAACAACAACAACAGCAGCAGCAGAGGCAGCAGCAGCAGCAGCAGCAGAAGCACAAGCAGAAGAAGCAGAGCAGGGGGGACAACGAGGCAGCAGAUCGCAACAACAGCAGCAGCAACUCGCAGCAGCGUCGCAGCAGCAGCACAACAACAACAACAACAACAAUAAAGAAAGACAGCACAAGAAACACAAACAACAACAACAACAAUCGCACAAAACGUUGCAAUCGAAGCCAAAGUCGCAGCAGCAACAGUAGCAACAGCAGCAACAGCAGCAGCGGCGGCAGCAGAAGCGGUAGCAUCGACGGCGGCAGCAACAACAACAACAACAAUAAUAACAACAACAAUAACAGCCGCAACAGCAGCAGCUCGAAAAGCAGCCGCCGCAGCCGUCGUCGCAGCCGAAGUCCAAGCAGCGCCAGCGUUGGCAGCGACGCCAGCAGCAUGUCCAAAACAAGCACAGCCGCAGCAGCAGCAGCAGCACAGGCAGCAGCAGCAGCGCAAGCAGCAGCGGCGGCAGCAAGUGCAACAAAUGCCGCCGAUUUCAGUGCAUUCGAUUUUAACGAUAGCUCCGAUAAUUCCGAUACGCCUCUAGUGCCACGCCCACCCUUCUUGAGCCGAGCCGCGGCAGCGGCAGCAGCAGCAGCGGCGGCAGCAGCUGCAGCGGCCGCACUAAGCAGCAGCAACAACAGCAACAAUUCGGCAUUAUCGGCGGCAACUGGGAAUGCCAAUGGCAAUGGCAAUGCCACAACCAACAACAACAACAACACCAACAACAGCAGUAGCAACAAUAACAACAAUAACAAGAACAACAAUUGCGGACGCAGUAGCAGUCGCAGCAGCAGCAGUUCCCAAAGCUCGCUCGAUGAAGAAGAAGAAGACGACGAGGAAGAGGAAGAAGCGCAACAACAACAGCAACAGCAGCAACAACAACAACAACAAUUGUCCACCGAACAACAACAACGAGCUGCAGCGGCAGCAGCUGUUGUGGCUGCAGCGGUAAAUGCAUUGCAUAACGGUAACAAGCAACAACAACAACAACAACAACAACAGCAGCAGCAACACUACAACAAUAACAACAACAACAACAACAAUAACAGUAGCCACAAGCUAAGAUUAAGCGAAGAUCCGCAGCAGCAGCAACAGCAGCAGCAGCAGCAGCAUGAAGACGAUGAUGAAGACGAUUACGAUGAUGAUGAAGAGGAUGAGGAAGAUGAGGAUCACCAUCAGGAUCAGGGUAAUGGACACGAUCUUACGCCCACAGAUCUGCGGCACAUGAUACACGAUCCGCAGCAGCAGCAACAGUCGCAGCAGCAGCAGCAGCAACAGGAUCCCAUCGACUACGAGGACGAGGACGACGCCGACGACGACGAGGACGAUGAGGAGGAAGAGGACGAGGCGGCCAGCAGCCGGGCCACCCUCUCCUCGGCCCACUUGAACAGCUCGGCGGCGGCCGAGAGCAGCGGCCUCCACAUGAGCGCCGUGGCAGCGGCAGCAGCGGCGGCAGCAGCAGCAGCAGCAGCGGCCGCUGCAGCCAAGCUGAACGCCCAGCUGGAGCAGCAGCAGAAUGCGACGGCAGCGGCGGCGGCAGCAGCAGCGGCGAUCCCCCCACCCCCGCCCAGCAGUCUCCUGGGCGGCAACAGCAACACCAGCUUCUCGACGCAGAACAGCAACCACGGUGUGGGCGGCGGGGGCGGGGCCAGCAGCGGCAACGAUCUGGGGGGCGGUAGUUCGCGGGGCGGCUCAUCCCUGGGCGGCAUGGGCGGGGGCAGUGGCUCGCACCUGACCUCGUCGCAGCAGCAGCAGCAACACCAGCAGCCACAUCACCAGCAGCAGCAGCAGCACUCGCAGCAGCAGCAGCACCAGGGCGGCAGCGGGGGCAGCAGCAGUGCGGCGAGUGAAAGGCGGAAGUACCGCCACCAGAACUACAGCAAGAACAUCUACAUUGGCACCAAGAACGCCGAGAAGUGGGAGCACAUGCGCACCCGGCUGCAGUUCAAGAACGACGUCGAGUUCGUGGCCUAUCUCCUCAACUUGGCCGACAACGAUACGGAUCGUCUGAAUAACCUGCCCCCACCCUCACCCGCGCACACGCCCACCAAGGGCUUCGACGGCAACUUCAAGCUGGAGCCGAACCUCAGCGCCAAGGACUUCGCCCCGCCCCCCGACGCCUCCCUCAAUGGCAACGGAAAUACCAGCGGCAACGGCGACUCCCUGCCCCUGGCCACGCCCACCCCGCCCCAACGCAAGCGGUACAAGAAACGCGUCCAGUUCACCUCCGACGCCCUCAACGGCUUCGCCCCCAAAGGCAAGGGGUCGGGCGCCGGGGCAGGGGGAGGCGGUGGCGCCUCGGGCUACAGCUAUGCCAAGUCGAAGAAGCAGGAAGCGAAGGCGGCGGCAGCGGCCCUGAAGGCGGGAGCAGCAGCAGCGGCGGCGGCAGCGGCAGCAGCAUCCACAGCACUGCCGGAAGUCCUGGACUGCCGGAUCGCCGAGAAGAUCAAGAGCGAAUUGGAGGCGAACAGCAAGGAGUCGCUGCCGAACGCGCUGUGCCUCAAGAAAGCGGCAGCCGCGGCAGCAGCUGCGGCGGCGGCAGCGGCCAAUGGCAGCGACGACGACGACGACGAGGAGCAUCCGCACUUGGCCGGAAUGGCGGGAGCUCUAGCCGGAAACGGAAACGGCAACAUGGCUGUUGAUACCAUCGAUGGCAUGGCCACCAGUAAUGGCAACUUCCACAGCCGCAGCUCCAAGUCCUCGUCUGGCGGCAAAAAAUCCCAAUCCGCCAAGGCAGCAGCAGCGGCGGCGGCAGCAGCGGCUGCGGCUGCCGCGAUGAUGCCGCCAAAUUCCUACGACGAGCACGAGGACGAAACCGGCGUCGGUCUCGGCGGGCCAGGACAUCCGGGGAACAACGACGACGACGACGACGAUGACGAGGAGCUGGACGAGGAGGCCCUCGCUCGGGAAAUGAAAAUGGAACAGAACUUCGUCGAGGAGGAGGACGAACACGACAUUGCCUUCCGAUCCUGCCAGUCCUGCCGCGAGUGCUCCAUUACCCACGACCACAAGAUGUGCCCCCUGAGGAAUGCCUGCGGCAACGUCACGGAUGCCGUCGACCUGGGCGAGUGGAUAGAGCGCCGAAAUCUGGAGGCUCUUGCCAAGCUCAAGGCGGAUGCCCAGCGACAGGCGAAGCGGGCGAGUGGCAGGCAGCGGCACGAGGACGACGACAUGGAGGAUAUGGAGGACAUGGACAUGGACGAGUCCUCCCAGCUCUCCGAGCUGGAGACCAAGCCCCUGAUCACGUUCGCCGAGGCCUCGGUGCCGGCGGAAUUCGAGCUGCACAACGUGGAGCCGAACGUGACCGGAGUCUUUGCCCGGACGGAGGUCAGGGCCUUCACGAAGCUGGGUCCCCUGAUCGGCCAGCCCGUCCAGACAGGGGAGGUGCGCGAGGGCAGCGACAUGAAGUGGAUCUUCGAGAUGUGCGAGGCGGGGGCGGACAAGUCCUAUCUGCUCUGCUGCGACAAUCCCAACGCCUCGAACUGGCUGCGGUUCGUCCGUCCGGCUCCCAGCUACGAGGACCGCAACGUCAACCUGGUCUCCAUCGACCGUCAGGCCUACUUCGUAAGCUGCCGGGAUCUGCGGAACGGCAUGGAGCUGCUCUACUGGAGCGACGACUGCAACACCAUGUGGCGUAAAAAGCACACGGAGAAGACUAACUGCGGUGGCUGUAACUUGAAGUUCGAGCACCCGCUGUACUACCGCACCCACUGCUCUGUCUUCCACGAUCCGUCGAUGAGUCUGACCAUCCGGAAGUACCACUGCAAGGUUUGCGGCGAGGCGGUCCUGGGCAAGGACAACAUCAUGAAGCAUGCGGCGGAGAAGCACGACGGGAAAGGCGCCUACCAGUGCCAGUUUUGUAGCAAGUUCUUCCUGAGGCUCAACUACCUGGAGAUGCAUCGGACCUACGGAUGUGCCUCGAAUCCGAAUCGUUCGCGUCCUGUUUGCGAUUUCUGCGGCCGGAAGUUCUGUCAGCCGCAAAAGCUGAAGGCGCACAUCAAGCGGAUGCACAGCGAUAUGGCUGAAGUUUUACGAGAUUUUCAGUGUAAAUUAUGUUCAAAACUUCUAGGAUCGCGAGCGGCACUUCAACGCCACUCAAAGGAGGUGCACAGUCGCAAUUCGACGGUGGUGAGCUGUCCGCGUUGCCAGAAACUCUUCCAGAACCGCAGCAAUCUCAAGAUCCACAUGCUGACCCACUCGGGCGUCAGACCAUUCAAAUGCGCUGAACCGGAAUGCAAUGCGGCCUUCACCACCAAACAGUGCCUGCAAUUUCACUACAAGAAGGUCCACAACUACACCCAGGAGCAGAUGCCGAAGAUCGAGAGGAGCGUGGCCUACACGUUCGAUGCCUAUUCCGGGGGCAUGAAGGUCGACUUUCUGGGUAAGCAGCAAGCAGCAGCGACGGCGACGGCGCAGCCACGCCCUAAUGCCCACGCCGUCGUCUCCUCUCCCCUCUCCUCGUUCACAGAGCAAGCACCGCGUCGCCGGCGCAAGAGCCUCGAGGACCAGAGCUCGAUGCUGAGCGGAUCGCUGCAGAGCGACGCCGAGUUCAGCGACGACAACCUGUUCGAGGCGAUCAAGAAGAGCGGCAAGUCCAUCAAGGACCUGUGCCGCAACGAGCCGAACCUCUCCCUGCUCAGCUCCAAGAUAUCCAGCAUCUUUGGCGACAAAGUGGUGCCUUCAUCGGCCGCUGCAGCGGCGGCGGCAGCAGCAGCAGCCGCCUCUGCGGCAGCGGUUGCCGGUUCCGGGCGGAAGCGGAAGCGCAAGAAGGACACCAGUGCUGCGGCGGCGGCGGCAGCAGCAGCGGCAGCAGCCCAGCAACAGCAGCUGCAGCAACAGCACCAGCAGCAGCAACACCAGCAGCAACAACAGCAGCAACACCAGCUGCAACAGCACCAGCAACAGCUACAACACCAGCAGCAGCAGCAACAGCAACAGCACCUGCACCAGCAGCAACUUCAGCCGCACCAGCAGCAAAUGCAACACCACCAGCAGCAACAACAGCAGCAGCAACAGCACCAGCAGCUGCUGCACGAGUCCCAGCAGCAACAGCAGCAGCAGUACCACCCACAUCACCUACAUCCGCACAGCCUGCCGCACCAGCAACAGCAGCAGCAGCAACAGCAGCAACAACUGGCCGAGCAGCAGCUGCACGAUCCCGACGACGAGGAGGCGGAGCAGGUCCGCCUGCAGGAGCAGGUGCGUCGCAAGCAGAACGCCCAGCUGAGCCUGGUGGAGUCCUUCCUCACCACCACCGCCCAGCGCCUGUCCGCCCAGCAGCAGGUGCAGCAAGUGGUGGCUGCUGCGGCGGCGGUCUCCGCCAUGGCCGGGGCCGGCGAGGAUCCCGCCAAGCUCGGGCACAUGAUGGGCCAUCACAUGGGCGUCGGGCUCGAGGAAGAGGACGAAGAGGACGAGGACGACGACGACACUGGCGGUGGCGGAGGGGGUGGGGGCGGCGGCCAUCCAUCCGGCAGCGUUUCCCACCAGCAGUCCCACCACCAUCCCUCCCAUGUCCACUCCCAUCACUCGCAUGUCCAUUCCCAUGGCCACAGCCAUGCCCACUCCCAUCCCCAUCAUGCCCACUCCCAUCAUGGCCACGCCCACUCGCAUCCGCACUCCCACGCGCAUCCCCAUCAGCACGCCAGCGGCGGGCAGGGGUCAGGAGCCCAGCAGGACUACCGCCAUGCGGCGGCCAUGAAUGUGGCGCUCGGCCAGAAUCUGGUGGUCAGCAAGGGCAGCAAAAAGUGGAUCCAGGAAGUCCAGGAGGCCAGCCAAGAUGUGGGCGGAGGUGAGGCGGGAGGCAGCGGCGGCAACGGACCCUCCUCGGUGGGCGGCGUGGUGUCCUGCGGCCAGCUAUCGAGCGGAUCUGUGCCCGGAGCCGGAGACCUUGGCUUCGCUGUGCCGCCCGUCGACGAGCACAGCAAGCUACUUGGUCAGAACCGCGACUUCCUCGCCCGACUGAUGAGCAGCGCCAGUGCCAGCCACGCCCAUGCGCACGCCCACGCCCAUGCCCACCAGCAGCACCAGCAGCAACAGCAGCAGCAGCAGCAACACCAGCAGCAACAGCACCAGCACAGCGCCCACAGCCGGGAGGAGGACGAGAACAGUUCCUUCUUGGAUGUGGUCGAGUCCAAUAACAACGCCGCCGCAGCCGCUGCUGCCGCCGCCGCCGCUGCAGCCGCAGCAGCAGCCAUGUCCCAGUACGGCGGCAGCGCAGGUGGCAACGGCGGUGGAGGGGGCGGCGGAGUCAGUGCCGGCGGCAGUGUCAGUGGCGGCGAUAACGGUGGCAGCGGCAGCGGCGGCCAGACGCCCACUGGUCCUGCCACAGGUGGCGCUGUCAGUGUCGGCGGUGGGGGCGAGGAGCCGCACGAGCUCCAGAUGAACUCCCUGGCCCACUCCCAAUCCUUCAUGAGCUCAUUCUACAACAAUGCCAGCGCCCGGGGCGUGGGCGGUGUCGGCGUGGGCGUCGGCGUCGGCGGGGGAUCCUCGUCCGCCAGCAUGCUCGUGGAGGCGGCCUUGAACUCGGUGGGCAAUAUGAUUGACAGCGAGAGCAACGACCUCAAGGUACCCACCGACAACCACAUCAACAGCGACAGCCCGAUGAGCGCCCACGUGGAUCCCGAGUCCCAGCGAUUUGGAGCCGGCAGUGCUGGUGGCGGAGCAGGUGGCGGCGGAAGUGGCGGCGGCGGUGGCUCCUCGGGUGGCUCAUCUGGCGGAGCCAAUGGUCCCGGAAUCGGCGGCGCCAUGGAUAAUCUGGAGAACGAGCUGAAGAUGAUGAAGAAUCUGGGCAGUUUCCCGAUGCAGAUCCCGCCGCUGCCCAUGUUCCAGGGCGCCUGCAACAUCUCGCCGAGCGCAUCGACGCCGACCAAUCCCCAGAGUAACCAGAACCAAAACGACGUGGACGUGGAUGCGGGCAGCACACCCCGGCCCCAGCAUCCGGACUCCGACGGCUUCUCCUCCUCGCAUCACAGGACCCCGCCGUCCCCACCGCCCAUAUCGCCGGGCCGGGACUAUGGCGGCAUGUUUGGCGGCAAUGGGGCGGGUCCGGGCUCUAACAGCACGCCGGCGGGUAGCUCCAGUGGCGGCGGUGGAGGCGGCGGCGGUGGUGGCGUCUCCGGUGGAGGAGCCAACAGCAUGUCUGCUUCGUCGCCGUUGCCGGCGUUGCAGCCGCAGCGCAGGAACGCCUCCAGCGUGGGCAGCACCUACCCAGAGCACGAGCUCAUCUCGCCGGCGUCGUCGCCGAGCAUUCCGCGGUACAACUUCAACGGCGACAUGAUGCGCCACAAGCGGGCCGUGCAACAGGAGCAGGAGCAGCAGGAGCGCCAACGGCAGAACAUCUCGCGGCACAAUCAAAUGUCCAGUGACGAGGAGAACAGCAUCAUGCCCCAGAACAGUGCUGGCCAGGACAUGCGCAUGAAGUUCCCACAGUCGCAGAUCGAUCUCAUGUACUCCAAGUACGAGAGCAUGGCCAGCAAUCUGAAGUACAACAGCCAGGAGCUGGACUCCCCGGCCGAGUACCGCCAGUCGAGCGGCAACGGAUCGAGUGCUGCGGCAGCGGCGGCAGCAGCAGCAGCGGCCGCCAACGACCUCUCCGACCUGCAGGGCCUGGACAUGAGCUCCCGCUCGAACGCGGCCAGCAGUAACUACCAUCACAACUUCCAGCUGCCGAGCAGUCGGUAUCAUCACCACAUCUACGACAUCCUGUCGGAUCGCGAGCAGCAGAGCCAGCAGUCGGCGCAGGCGCAGCAGCAGGCGGUGGCAGCAGCGGCGGCGGCGGGCGGCUCUGGGGGCGCGGGUGGCCCAGCAUCGGUGGUGGUGCACCAGCAGGAACACGGCCACGGGCAGCACCACGCCAUGCAGCAGCACCAGCAGUCGGCGGCCGCCAUGCACAACAUGCUGAGCGAGCAGCUCGGCGAGCAGGAGCACGACCAGACCACCAGUGUGGACCUCAGCCGGACGGCCAACUACGUGGUCUCCUCGCCGCCUCAGCUUCCGUACAACCAUCCCUCGCACCACGACAUGCUGCGGAUGGCGUCCCUGGAUCUCACGCCCAACACUGCCAACAUGGCGGCCGUGGGCGGCGGAAACCGCUCCUUCCUCUCCUCCCAGAUGCAGCAUCAGAGUCGGGAAAGCCUCGAACAUCACCGGCUGCUCUCCACGGUCGAGCAGCACCGCAUCCUAGCCGCCUCCAAUGCCGCCGCCGAUCAGCAUCGCCUCCUCGUCGAUCCCACCGCCCAUCUCCUGAUGGAGCAGAAUAAUCGACUCCUCGGCACCGCGGAUCAGUCCCGCCUCCUCGGGGAAUCAGCGGCCGCGGCCGCCCAAAAUCGUCACAUGGCAAGGAGCUUCGGGGCAUACCACCAGGUGGCAUCCAGUAAUUAUCAUCCGGGGGUUCGGCCUCCUCCAGUGCUGCCCUCCGCCAAUCACCACGCCUCCAAUCCGUCGAACUAUCAUCCAUUCCCCGCCUACUAUUAAAUCUACAAAUGGGCGUGGCUUUCGGGGAGAAAAUUACCAGUGCCCGGGAAAAAAGUGCAAUUCGGGAAUAAGCUUAUUUCCUUAAAUUCCCACAAAUUUUAAUAUUUUGCUUAUAGGUUUCUUUUUAAAAUAACAAAUAUUAUAUUUCUUAAAA